UUCCCUCUCUUUGUCAUCAUCAGCUGUCUACUUCUUCGUAUUGUAAUCCACAUUCCUCCGAUUCCACUUCCGCUACUGCUAAUCCAUCUUCUCCGUCUCCGGGCAGGCAGGCAGGCAGGGGAGAUGUGCCCUCUCCGCAUCAUACUCGUCUUCCUCUCCGCCACUCUCGCCGGCUUCUUCCUCGUCCGCAACCUCAACUCCUCCCAAGCUCCUCUUCCCGACGACCGCGGCGAUUCCACCCACUCAUCUUCCACUACUCGAUUCACCAAGAUCCGGUCAGCUGUGGAGUCCGGGUUCUGGACCUGCGUUGACAUGGCUAGUGGUCGCUACCUCUGGAGGCAUCUCACCUCUUCCGCUUCCAAACCUUGCAAUUCAUCCAAUUACCUGUUUCACCCAAGUUUGCGAUGAACGCUCUUACCCUUUGUGUUCCAUUUUGUGUUAAUGGAUGGGGGGGGAUUGCUUAUACUAGUUCCUGGAAAUUGACAGAUAGUGGCGUGAUAUCGCAUACCUCUUGUUGUGUGUGUCGUUGAUGAUAGUGUUGUUGUAUGUUAGUGCGUUCCCUGUGGUGCUAAACUGCCAUUUGAAGCGUUGGUUAGCAUUGUAAUUAGUUCUAAAUAUAAUCAAAGUGUUUUACAUCUUCCGCACUUGCACACUGUCUUUGACUCAUGAAAUUUCCCUUUUUUACUUGCUUCUGUUAAGCAUAUCCAUUUCCAUGUUUUGAACGUGAAAGUAUGGGAAACUUUGAAAUCAUCGAGUUAUGUAGUUGUGAUUCUUGUUUUGAAUGUGAUGAUGGGUAGCAUUGGUUAUGUAUGCUCUUGUUGUGUCCCGGUUUUAUGAUGAUUCUUGGAACAGAAUGCAUUACUACUUCUUGGUUUGGAAUUGAGCAUCAGGUUCAAGGAAAGCCAUCUGGUGGUUGGAAUGUGGAUGCUGUUUAAGAAGAUGAGAAUUUAUGACAGUUUGAUGUCAGCUUUCGAAUUUGUUUUCGCAACUUAGAUUGUGUCGUCUAUGGUCACUGUUGAUGGGUGUUUUCUUCAGGGCUGCAAUGUGUUUAC